UUAUGCUCCUGCGCUCCAAACUCACUGAGUCAUGCAGGAUGUUUACCAUGGCCUAUGCCUGCCUGGCUGCAGUGCAGGCAUGUUAAUUACAAAUAAACAUUUUCUGAGAAAUAGCUACAUGCUGGGCAUUCUAUAAGGUGACAACUACAUGCUGGGCACUCUAUUAGGCAUUGAGUAUCGAUGAGAGAAUGAAACUGGCAUGAGACUCAGGGCCAAGAUGUCGCAGCCCAAGAAAAGAAAGCUUGAGUCAGGGAGCGGCAGCGAAGGAGGGAAGGGAACAGAAGAGGAAGAUGGCGAGGAGCAAGAGGCGGCCCUGGAGCGACCCCGGAGGACUAGGCGGGAGUGGGACCAGCUGUACUACAAGUGCUACUCAGACGUUUCGGUCCAUGAGGAGAUGAUCACAGACCGUGUCCGCACCGAUGCCUACUGCCUGGGCAUCCUGCGGAACUGGGCAGCACUGCCAGGCAAGACGGUACUGGACGUGGGAGCGGGCACUGGCAUUCUGAGUAUCUUCUGUGCCCAGGCCGGCGCCUGGCGCAUGUACGCGGUAGAGGCCAGCGCCAUCUGGCAACAGGCUCGGGAGCUGGUGCGCUUCAAUGGGCUGGAGGACUGGGUGCACGUCCUGCCGGUGGAGACUGUGGAGUUGCCGGAGCAGGUGGAUGUCAUCGUGAACGAGUGGAUGGGAUACGGACUCCUGCACGAGUCCAUGCUGAGCUCCGUGCUCCACGCACGAACCAAGUGGCUGAAGGAAGGCUGUCUUCUCCUGCCGGCCUCUGCCGAGCUCUUCAUAGCUCCCAUCAGAGACCAGAUGCUGGAAUGGCGCCAGGGCUUCUGGUGAAAGUGGAGCAAGACACGGAUGUAUCAGGAGAGAUCACGCUACUGCCCUCCCGGGACAACUCUGGUCGCCUUCGCGUGCUGCUGUGCUACAAAGUGGGAGACCAGGAGGAGAAGACCAAAGACUUUGCCAUGGAGGACUGAGCAUUGCCUUUUCUCUCAGCUACCUCCCAAGGCAGAGAAAGGGAGCUCCCAUGCAAGUAGGGGAAAUAUCUGUCUCCCUUUUCCCUCAUAGCAUCUGGGGAGGGAGAGUGACUUCAUUCUCCAUUUGAAGAGAUUCUUCUGGUGAUGUUUAUUUAAAAAGUGAUCCCCUUCAUCAACGAAUACAGCGUGCUUAUUAUUGGGCUUUUAAGUCUCAAAAGCAUGUAGUACCAAGCACUUGUAUUUUGGUAUAUUUUGUCUCACAAGGGAGGGAAUGGGGAAGAACACGGAUGAAAAUAUCAUUUUUUGAAGGGUUCAUGCACAUUCCUGACAUCUCACACCUUAUCUAAGUCUGAAGCUGGGGAGAAAGGGUUCAUUUAGACUUCAUAAAUUUAUAAUAGAACUUUAGUAUCUCUCCAGAGCCAUAUUUUCUCAGUCUGAAUUAAUUCCCCAUUCCUAGGUGCCUGUGAGCUAUGGUACUUCUUCCUCAUUGUUUUCUAAGUCAACUUUACUACUGGUAAUGAAGGGGAAGGCUAUGAGGAAGCAAUUUAAAUAGCCCCGUUCUCAUUACUCUUAACACACACAUAGGGUGCUAAAGUUGAUGAACACAUUAAUCCAUUAAGUAAAGUAGUCUUUAUAAAGCAUACCUAAGAAACUCAGAAGGUGCAUUUAGAAGAAAGAGACCGGAAAGAGAAAUAGUACGGAUUUUUUAAAAUACUUGUCUCUACUAUUACAACAACAACAACAAAAUAUAUAUAUAUAUAUUUCAUGUAUGUCCCAUAAAUAUUUUUUUAUAAACAGGCUGGUAGAGAAGGUUUCUGAGCCUAGCCCAAGGGCUUAUUCAUCACUAUGGGUAAAUUAUUAAAACUCAAUUAAGGAAAAUAUUUUCCCAGCUAGAAAAAAAGUACUCAUUCUCAUUUAAACUCAUUUGGAGGGAUCAUGUGAGUUGGCCUACUUAAAACUAGUGAAAGUUCACUUUUUUCACUCUCUCUGUUUCAUGCAGCCAAAUUUGAAAGUUGUGUUUUAGGAAAACCACUUUUAAUAAAGUGUAAAUCUUAUUAUCAAAUUAAUUUUUCUGUUUUCCUCCUUAUCCUUGUACCAAAUAAAACAUUGACAUUCUCAUGUGUUUUGUAGAUAAAAAAAAUAUCAACCAGGAUGGAGGGGAAUGUUGACUUUCAGGAAUGAAUGUCACUGUACACAUAAGAUCCCUGAGGGGUUGGGAAAAAGAGCAAACCAAAGUAACCUUGCAGGUGCUGCUUUGACUUACAAUUGCAAGGCUAAAGGCCAAAGGAACUGGA